GAUAUCGCAGAUGCCCUCAGUAUGUCAAAGAGGAACCCAGAGGACUUCAGUCAAUCCCAGGCUCCCUGAGCGUAGUCCAGAAUUCAAUUCGCGGUGGUCCAUCCAAGUGUGAUCCAUUCACUUUGUACGAGAUCCAUUCAAUUUGGGAUGUCGAUAACAACGGAAACAGCGAUGGCGAGCCCUUCCAGCUAAAUAAGUUGGAGAACAGAACCUCUUGGACAAAUGAAGAGGUAACAAAUGAAAGACUCCAAGUUGGAUCUGUUGUGAGGUAUCAGCAAUAUGUACUGCCCUCUCUGACUGCCUCCAAACAGUUCGUAUAUGAAAGUAUCGGUGGUAAGCAACAGGACAUAACCAACUUGCAAUUUGGUCUUCUUCAAAAUCGUGAAAGUGUUUAUAGAGGACUUAAAAAGGCACAUGGAUACAUCAACCCAAAGGCAUGUACCAGAGUUCACCUCAUUCAAAUACGGGCUGGUACAAUUUUGAACGAAACAGUCACUUUGGAAACAAUGGAUAAAGAAUCGUUAAAUAUGCCACUGAACUGUAGAGAAAGCCUUCUCUUAUCUGCAACACCAGUUCAAUUACAACUUAAGACUGCUGAUGAUGAAGUUGAUGGAGUGGCAAUUGUAAAAUGCAAAGGUGGCGAAUUUACCUGUGAAGGACUGAUUUCAAGAUACAAACCCUAUAUCAUAUCUAGGGAUGAUGAACCUGUAGAGAUACAGAAUGGAUAUGGCGAGAUGAUUCCAGUUUCGAGACAUGGGCGUGUCUUGUUUGACACUGGCAAUGAGGCAGCCACUGGUAUAUCCAGAAAGCUUCUGUUGAAGUUGAAGCUGAAACCUGAUCCCACCAAAAAAGAGGUGGUUGAAUUGGCAGGAGGAAGAUCAGACCAGUUUGAAACUGCAGAAAUUGAGCUCAUAAUUCGAGGACACCAUUUUAAAGUCAAUGCAUUAGUUGGUGCCCCAGCUAAGGAUACUGAUCUUCUUGUCGGAUAUGAGGAUGUAAUAAAGACACUGUAUGGCUUAGGGUAUACUAUAGGUAUAUAAGAAUUUCCUAAUGAUGUUUACCCUUUGCAGCAAACUCCCAAUCAGUAGAAUUCACUUUGAAUUCAAGAUGGCGGGCACGCCACUGAGAGC